AGCACCAGAGCACAGCAGGGUGAAUGGGACAGGGGCAGCGCUGGAGCUGGAUCAGUCCCUUCCUGCCCCAAUCCUGCCCUGCAUGUGUCCAGCAUGCUCUGCACCCACCCCAGGGACUCCUCAAUCCCAGCUGGGCCCAAGCACUUGUCCCUGACCCUCCACGCUGGCACUAUCCUUGAAGCGCCCUGCAGAUGGCUUGGGCUGGUGUCCCCAUGCACAUGUCCUCUGCCAGCACUAAGCACACCAGGCUCUGAUCCCUGUUACAGGCUGCCACAUCCCUCACCCAUCCCAGAGAUGCAGAGAGCCUGGUGGGUCUUCUGGGGAGGCAAGACCAAGAGGGGACAGCAGAGACAGGGAAAACUGCCAAGCACAGGUCUUGUAGGUCCAAGCCUUGCUGCCUUCAUCAUGAUCCCAGCCAUGCUCUGCUGGGACAACAGCCCCCAUGUGGGUCCUUGAACCCAUCACCUGAUAAGGAUGGUUAAUGAUCAGCAUCGGGAGGGCAGCGCCAGGUUGGGGCAGGAUUGGGCUGCUCCCAGGGCCAGCUGUCAUCCCUGGGGCACGGUCCUGGGGCCAAGGCCUCUGAGGCCAGAUGGUGAUAUCAACUAGCAUCAGCCCCGCUCUGGACUCUGCUGAUCACAGCUCCCUCUUCCUUGGCAGCACCCAAGGAUGUCAUGCUUGCCUCCCCGCCAGGAACCCCCAAGCGCAUCCCUUGAGGGCAGCCAGGCACCCCUUUGCAAGUGGAUCUCCAUAGGACAAUGUCCAAGGGGAGCUUUCCAUCCCACCCAGGGACCAGUAGAGCCCCUGUGGAGCAGGGACAAGCCUGGGGUGUGCAGGGGACCUAGUAGGUAAGCCCUGAUCCCCAUUCCCCGCGGCUGCAGAUAUGCACGUGGUACAAUCUCCCUUGGAGACUGACUGCAUCGCAGCCUGCGCCCGGAUUCAGCUGGAUUCGUCACCACGAGGAGACGUUCCUCGUGCGUAGUGGCAGGAGGAGGGGGAAGGACAGCCACCCCAGUGUCGCAGGUGGUUUGCUGAGCAAACGUGCUGUGUGGGGCCACAGGCAGCGGUGGCCCAAGUGGGCAGGCAGAACCUGACACAGCGCAGGCUUUGGAAAGAAGGGCUGAGAGUAGCUGGAGCUGCCAGGAUCUGGGGAAAGGCACCUUUGGAGCAUGUGGGUGUCUAUCUGCAAAGCUGGGCUGUGCUUGGAGCUUCGGGGGCAGGAAGGAGCAGCAGGGAGCUCCCACACCCACUCCCCAAGAUCCUGCUGCCCUGUGACAGCCCCUUCUCCAAACAGCAGUGCCUGAUGCUCUGCGGUGCCGCGAAGGCCUGAUCCUGCUUGCUCCUCCCGGCGGUCAGAGCUCCAGAGCGCUGGAAGAUGCCACCUGGCUCUUGGCCAGCCAAGCCCAUCGGUUGCUUCAUCCGACGUAUGAGGAGGGCAGUGGGGAGCCCCCUGGUCAUGGACCCCAACAGCAUCUGCCGCAAGACAAAGCGACUGGCGGGGAAGCAGGCGGAGCUGUGCCAGCUGGAGCCAGAGAUUGUGCAGGAGGUGGCCAAGGGCACCAAGCUGGGUGUCCGGGAGUGCCAGUACCAAUUCCGCUUCCGCCGCUGGAACUGCACCAGCCACAGCAAGUACUUCGGCAAGAUCCUGCAGCAGGAUAUCCGGGAGACAGCCUUUGUGUAUGCCAUCACGGCAGCCGGGGUGAGCCACGCCAUCACGCAAGCCUGCAGCAUGGGUGAGCUGCUGCAGUGUGGCUGUGAACCAACACGGAGCCGGGCACCCCCCUCACCCACGGCGGGUCCAGGCACUGAGGGCACAGCCUGGGAGUGGGGGGGCUGCGGGGACGACGUGCAGUUUGGCUACGAGAAAUCCCAGCAGUUUAUGGAUGCUAAGAGCAAGAAAGGCAAAAAUGACAUCCGAGCUCUCAUCGACCUGCACAACAAUGAAGCUGGGCGCUUGGCGGUGCGCAGCUACAUGAGGACAGAGUGCAAAUGCCAUGGGCUGUCGGGCUCCUGCACCCUGAGGACCUGCUGGCGGAAGAUGCCCCAUUUCCGCGAGGUGGGGGAUCGCCUGCUCGAGCGCUUCAAUGGGGCUUUCAAGGUGAUGGGGGGCAAUGACGGGAAAACCCUCAUCCCUGUGGGUGAUAACAUCAAACCACCUGACAAGCAAGACCUCAUCUACUCAGCUGACUCGCCUGAUUUCUGCUCAGCUAACCGUAAGACAGGCUCGCUGGGCACCCGAGGCCGCGUCUGCAACAGCACAGCCAUGGACACGAGUGGGUGCGACCUGCUGUGCUGUGGGCGAGGGCACCGGGACGAGACAGUGGUGCUGGAGGAGAACUGUCUUUGCCGCUUCCACUGGUGCUGCGUGGUGCAGUGCCGCAAGUGCUCUGUCCGUCAGGAGCUCAGCCUCUGUGUCUGACAGCCUGGGGUUGGGUGAGGACAAUUUGAAGGGCCACCCCCAGGCCACCAUGCGGCAGCCACCCGCAGGACAGACACAGGCUGAGGUGAUGGCAGGGACAGCGGGGUGAGUGCAGCUCAGCACCCCUGGGAGUCCUGGCUUCCCUGGGAGACAGCGUGGUGCUGCCUGGCAUUCUCAUGGUCCCUGUGUUGGGGGCUGCAAGCACAGAGCUUCCAGUAAUAAAGCUAUU